AUGAAGUCCAAUGGUGUUUUUCAUGGCAAAAACUUCAUCAUCUCGAGCUUCAUCUUCAUCAUCUUCCUCUGUGUAUUAGCCUCGAUCAACGAGGUCCGGUUCGACGCCCUUUUAAAGUUCGGACAAUGUGCAUUUACUCGAUCGUAUACUCAAAACUCGACAAAUUCCACCGCUAUAGCAUCAUCAUCGUCGUCGUCGUCAUUAUCAUCAGGUGAAGAAAUUAGAAUCUUGAUCGGGAUCUUGACGAUCCCCGAUCACUACCACAAGCGUCACUUCCUCCGUCUUGUCUACGGUACACAACCACUCGUCGGGGCCCGCGUCGACGUAAAAUUCGUGUUUUGCAAUCUGACUAAAGAAGAUCAAAAAGUUCUCGUCGCGCUCGAAAUCAUGCGCUACGACGACAUAAUCAUCCUCAAUUGUCGAGAAAACAUGAACAAGGGUAAGACCUACACGUUCUUCUCGAGCCUACCCGAUAUGCUCGUAAACGAAACGAACACAUCUCAUCCGCCGUAUCAUUACGUGAUGAAAGGCGACGACGAUGUGUACUUUAGGCUACAAAAUUUGGUCGAUUCGCUAAACCCGUUGCCUAGACAAGACUUGUACUACGGCUACGUUAUCCCUUGCCCGAGCAUGGACCCGUUCGUGCACUACAUGUCGGGCAUGGGGUAUUUAGUGUCGUGGGAUAUCGUCGAAUGGGUUAGGGACUCGGAUAUCCCGAAGAAACAUCUAGAAGGGCCCGAAGAUAAGGUGUUCGGGGAAUGGUUGCGGGAUGGACACCGGGCUAGGAAUCGACACAACGCGAAAUGGUCGAUGUAUAAUUACCCGGAGCCGCACACGGGAUGCACACAUGAGCUGUGGCCGGACACCAUUGCUGUUCAUCUUUUGAAGAAUCAAGAAAAAUGGAUUCGAACGUUGAAUUAUUUCAAUGUGACUAAGGAUUUGAAGCCAUCCAAAUUGUAUCAUAUACCUUGAAGGCUUUUUUCUUUUUUUUUUGGGGGUUAGUAUGUGAUUUUUGGUGUUUAGUUGAUUGGUUGUUUUGGUAGAAUUGUUGUUGUGUUCUAACACAUUGAAGCUAAU